CCACUGCUCAAGUAUCCCGCAACGACAAAGCCAUACAAAGGAAUGAUCUUGACAAAUCCGGGUGGGCCUGGGGAUUCAGGGGUAGCAGCGGCACUUGGCCUAGGUAAAGAAUUAUCCGCAGCGUUCGGAACGAGCUAUGAUUUUGUGGGUUUUGACCCUCGAGGUGUUGGAUAUAGUCUCCCAUCCGGGAUCUGUGUUGGAUCUGGGGCAUCCCCUCAGAAGCGCCGCUCUAUCGAAACCAUCCCAGUGGGACGUGGACCCGAAAUACCAGAAUUGUUUCUCGAGGCAGCCUACCAGAACGCAACCGUGAACGGGGAGAUCUGCCAAGAGCAGAUUGGAGGUCCAAAUGAUGCUGGUCCGCACAUGACAACAUCGGUCAAUGCCAAAGACAUGAUCUCAAUCCUAGAUGCCUUCGCAGCAAGUCCCGAAGCUGUUGGAGUUGAGAAUGCGACUGAUCUAAACUAUUGGGGCUUCAGUUACGGCACGUUUCUGGGACAAACUUUUGCAUCGAUGUUUCCGGAUCGUGUUGGCCGGAUGGUUAUCGAUGCUGUGGUGGAUCCGGAAGACUAUAUCUUGAUGCAGGAUGAGAAGAUGAUUCAGUUCAGCGAUGAAACGUUUUCUACGUUCUUUAUUUACUGUUUCUUGGCUGGUGAUGCCUGCCCAUACUUUACCGGCUCCUCACCUUACGACGUUUAUCUUCGAUUCGCCGACACCGUUUCAAAGCUUGAUGUAGACCACGCCUUUAGUCACGGUUGGCAGAAUGCCACUGACUUAUACUUGCUUCUCGAAGAUGUUAAGCUCACCUUGUUUGAAGGUAUCUACUCGGCCAUAGAGAAUUUCCCUACAAUGGCGCAAACGCUCGUGAUGGUGGAACAAGCAUUGAAGAACUUGACGUCCGCGUCUCUUGGAACUUUUGAGACUUAUGUCAAUAGUUAUCUGCCAAUCGUUGGCCAAUCUCCAGCUAUCUUUUGCACGGAUGGUGGCAAUCUAUUGUUUAACUCGACGUUGAAGGACAUGUCAUUCAUCACAGCGUCUCUCAAAAGUCAGACUUGGGUAUCUGGAGAGAUACUUUCAGUCACUCGGAUCGACUGCGCGGGCUGGUCGAUCAAGGGGACUGAGAGAUAUGCCGGUCCUUUUGGUGGCGACACCAAAAAUCCAAUGUUAUUCGUGAGCAAUACUCGGGAUCCAGUCACACCAGUGUACAAUGGACAGAAAUGGAGCCAUCGAUUCAAGGGUGCUCAGCUUUUAACUGUAGACGGCACGGGUCACACGUCGCCCAUUACAAAAAACACAUGCGCAUUUCAAAAGAUUGGCAACUACUUCAAGACAGGCGAGCUUCCUGGGAACGAUAACUUCUGCAAGUUGGAAGUAGGCCCAUGGAACGUUACGAUUCCGCAGGGGAUGGAGAAUGUGAACGGCUGGCGUGAUAUACAAGAUGGUCUUGCAUCUCUCAGAGCACCAGCCCCAUGUCGGUCGCGAUACUAGAGCAGGGGAUAGCGGAUCAGCAGGUCCGCUUGAUCUUUGGAAGUGUGUUUGAGUAAGCUUUAAGAUGUAUAGCAUAGAUUUGAUUUUCUUUUCGAUUUUGGGGUCCUUAGAUCGUUGCUUGGAGAUCUUGUCAGGAU